AAACCAUAUUUAAUCCUACUGAAUCUACUGAAGAAAUCUUCAUUAAAGAAAUCCUCAUUAAGAUUAAUGAUGACUUUCCUGUUGCUUAUGAUAAGCUUGGCGAGAAAUUUACGCUUGAUAGCACAUUAAAUGAUGUGCGAAGGCAGCUUUCAGAUGAAAAUGAAAUAAUUUGCAUUCAAGAUAAUAUGUACUUUUGUAGCCCAUCAUCAAUAAUCUUACGAGAUUCUGAAAGCAAUAAAUUGUUAAAAGAUGUUUUAUCAAAAGAUAAUAUUCUACAAAUUAGAAAACUACCUAAUGUCAACAAAAAGAAUGUAAUCUUAAAAAAUUGUAAAUUAGAGUAUGGAAUUAAUAUGACUGAUGAAGGACCUAAAAUAGCUAAUGAGGUAGCAUUGGAGUUUUCUCAGAAUAUCAUGGAUGAACCACACUUUGGGAAAGUAGACAAAGAAACAUAUGAAAAUUCAUUCGAAGAUUUCUUGCGUAAAAAUUUGAUAGCAGAUGUAAAAGCUUCUGUUAAUUUUCUGCACUUAUCUAUUGGCUUAGGCAUGGCACAUGAAUGCUCAUCCACAAACAUUAAUAACACGAAGUUUUUCUCUACGCAUGAGAUAACGUUGUUACAAAAGUACUCAUUCAAAAUAGGCAAUAUCAAACCAACCGAAAAAUUUAAAAAGGAGGUAGAAGAUGCUUUAAAUAGUCAUGAGCCUAAAGCGUUUAAGAAUAUAUGUGAAAAAUAUGGUGAAUUUAUAGCUCGAAAAGUAAAAAUUGCUAAUGGAAAACUUGGCUCUGAAAUUGUUGGUGGUAUAAAUUUUGAAUAUAGUAAAAAUCAAGGAAUAAAUAUAUCUUCCUCAAUUUCAAGUGUUACGACUUAUACUCGUGUCUAUGGAGGAGAUAAAAGUAAAUUUCAUCAAGGUAACAUUGAUUUUGACUUCUGGCUGAAUUCCUUGAAUGACUACGAAAGGUUAUGCGCAAUUGAAUAUGAGGACUUGAUUCCUAUGUUUGACUUAUUAGACCCUGAGCUCCAUCAAAAAGUUAUUAAAAAAACUAUUAAUGAAAAAAUUAUUUAUAGCACAAAAGAUCCUGUUGAAUUUACGAUGCUACCACAUGAAUAUUCAUACUAUCAUAAAUUGAAAAUACCAACAGACUUAAUGCCGAAUCUAAAAGAAUACAAAAUUUUUGUAUCCGUAAUGAGCACGAAAAAACAAGGUGAUAAAACGAAAAAACAAGGUGACGAGAUUUCUACUCGUGUCGUCUAUACGUCAGAUUAUUCUUCAGCAACUUUAGCUCUCCAUCGGCUCAGUGAAAGCAAAGGGGCGCAAAUCUUCAGUCUACAAAUAGGUUGGAUUAUUAUUGGCCAUCCAAAAAGUUUCAAAUAUGAAUGCCAUGAUUUUCAUGUUACUCAUAGUUGUGAAGUUAAGUGUUGGGAAAAUUCUAUUGGUAAUUAUGAUCAAUUUGAUAAUAUUCAAGGCCAUAGUCUUUUAGCGACAUGCGCACAACGAAUACCUCAACAAUCUGAAGUGAUCCCAAUGAAUUCCAAAUUGGUGACAGAAUUGUCCGAUCUUAUUAUUCAUUGCGGUAUUAUUCGUUCGGAAAGUUGUUCAAAUGAUUUAAAGUUGAACAAAAAAAAAGGAUUUAGCUUUUCUAAAAAAUCUUAUAUAUGUUAUGAUAUUUCGGGAUCACAAAAUACACCUUUAUGGACUCAUGAUAAGCUGACAUUUGUCAACAUUUUACAAAAUGCUUGUCCAGAUAGUUGUACUGCGGGAUUUAUAAUCCUUUCUCCCACUCCUAAAUAUUUAGUAUUUAAUCAAAAUGUUCCCAAGGAUCUACAGAUUUCAUAUUUCUGUAUAGCACCCCUAAAUUGA